AUGAAGGCCGCCGGAUUUAUUAAUAUGACAGAUACGAAAUUCCCAGUAUUACAGAAACUGCCUGCAUCUAAUAAUGCGACUCAAAUCUCCAAUUCUUUAAGGUUUAAGACAGAGUUAAAUACAGAAUACUCUGAUAACGAUGAGGAUAAUGAAAAUAAUGAUGACGAUAAAGAUGUGGAUAAUAAUCAUGAAUUCUCCGAUGAUAUCAACGAAGCCGAUGAUGAUAACGAUGUUGGUGAAUAUUGCGAAUAUCCUGCUUUACAGACAUCCGAAAUAAGACAUCUUUAUUGA